CUCGCAUCCUCUGUUCAUCCCCCCAUUGAGCUCUCCUACGCGAUCACUCAAGAUGACGAACUCAGCUUCCUCCAGCCCCAAGGUCAAUGUCCUCUUCGUCUGCCUGGGGAACAUCUGCCGGUCCCCCAUGGCCGAAGGUGUCUUCCGGGACGUGGCCGCCUCCCACCCUCUGAUCGAUGAGAUCGGCUCCGCCGGGACAGGCGCAUACCAUGUUAUGGAGCCCCCCGACUCGCGCACCAUGUCGACUCUGCGCAAGCACGGCAUCACGGAGUACCAGCACGCCGCCCGCAAAGUGACCAAGGAGGACUUCCUGAACUUCGACUUCCUGCUCGCCAUGGACAAGCACAAUCUCCGUGACCUCCUGGAUACCCGCGAAUCCGUCCUCGCGUCGAUGAACAAGUCCGGCGGCGCGGCCUCGCGCGGUGGCAAGGGCACUCGGGGAGCCACCGCCGCGGCGCUUGCGGCGAGCGGGGAAGCCGGCGCCAAGGUUGCUGAGGUGCGCCUGUUUGGAGACUUUGGUGCUGGCGGGAUCUUGCAUGAUCGCGUGGGUGGCGGAGAGGUGGUGCAGGAUCCGUACUAUGGUGGCGUUAAUGGGUUUGAGGAGGUGUACCGACAGGUGGUGCGGUUCUCGAAGGGAUUCGUGGAGUACUUGGAGAAGGAGAACUCCGGGGCUCAGAAUUAGAGGAUGAUAAAUACGCUGGUUUGACGUGGUUGAAGAUUAUACCCUGUGGUUCGAUAGAUUAUGAUAGACAGAUUCGGGUUUCGAAAAGAUCCCGACCCAUACAGUACAUAGCUGAAGAAACGGAAAGAAAUGAUGAAUAUGAUACAUUUGAAAGA